AUUCCGUCGAAAUUCAUCGAACGACGUCACGCUUUAAUUAGUAAUUUUUUUUCCAACGAGCGUACAGGUGGAAACGCAAAUUCAACUAUUGGUUUUCUUCCAGUUGAUGAGGGUCGUAUUGUUGGAGGGCAGCCAGCGAGUAUCGAUGAACAUCCGUACCAGGUAUCCCUUCGAUUUCACAAUCGUCACGUAUGCGGUGGCUCUAUCAUUAGCGAGCUAUGGGUCGUCACAGCUGCGCACUGUGUCCACAGCUUCUUUGUUCGAUCCAUUUCGAUCAAGGUAGGCACUUCCGACCUCACCGACACCAAUGCCACGGUGAUCAAGGCGGCAGAAAUUAUCAUUCAUGAGAGGUACGAGAGAAGAAGCUCGGAUUUUGACAUUGCUUUGAUUAAAUUAAGGAAACCAUUGGUGUACAUUCGCGAGUGGGACCAAUUCUAUUGGCGCCGAUAGCCGAUCAUUACAUGGCUGGUAGCAAAGCGAUGGUUACAGGUUGGGGAGCUUUAGAAGCAACGGUCCAUUGUCGACAAAAUUACGCAAAGUCCAAGUACCACUCGUUUCUAACGUGCAAUGUUCUCGUUUGUACAUGAACAGAAGGAUCACAGCGAGAAUGAUUUGCGCGGUUACGUAACGU